UUUAAGGAAACGGAUUUCUCACAACUCAGUUCAGAGACAUCUCUCACACACUCAGAGGAAGCGGCAGCUCCACAGAAAACCUAGUCGUGACUCAUCUCUGGAGGCAGAAUGAUGCGGCGGAUGAUGGUGACCUCGCUGAUCCAGGCUGAGCUGAAGUUUCUUGGACGGAGUGUGAGCGGACAGUGGUGGUCCAGAACUCAGCGGCCGGUUCAUCACUGCUCAGGACUGGUCUACAGGGAACACACAGCCAACAUUGAUACAAUGAGAAUGGAGCAGCUGCCCAUGCCUGGCCUGAACAAACGCAGUGUCAGAGUGAAGAUGCUGGCAGCUCCUGUAAAUCCUGCAGACAUUAACAUGAUUCAGGGAACGUACCCAAUCCUGUGUCCUCUGCCCGCUGUGGGUGGUAACGAGGGGUUAGGGGAGGUGCUCGAGGUGGGUGAUGAGGUCAACACACUGAGACCCGGUGACUGGGUGGUGCCUGUGGAUGCAGGAUUUGGCACAUGGAGAACUGAGGCGGUGUGUGGAGAGGAUGAUCUGAUCACUGUCCCGAAGGACAUUACUGUGAUGGGAGCUGCGACCAUAGCAGUGAACCCCUGCACUGCUUACAGGAUGCUGCAUGAUUUCCACACACUCACACCAGGUUCCACAGUGAUCCAGAAUGGAGCAAACAGUGCUGUUGGUCAAGCAGUAAUCCAGAUAGCUGCAGCUAUGCAAAUCAGAACCAUCAACAUCAUCAGGGACAGGCCUAACUGUGCAGAGCUGGUGAAGGAGCUGCAGGCACUUGGAGCUGAUUACGUCCUCACAGAAGAGGAAGUGAUGUCAUCAGGCCUUCAGCACAUCUUUCAGGAGGUUCCUAAACCCAGACUUGGGCUGAACUGUGUUGGAGGAAUCAGUGGGGGUCUCGUGCUGUCUAAUUUAGACUAUGGAGGCACAUUGGUGACGUAUGGAGGCAUGGCCAAAAAACCUGUGCACAUUCCAGCAAAAUCCCUCAUAUUCAAAAAUAUCUCACUGCGAGGAUUCUGGAUGACCCAGUGGAAAAGGAACCACAGACAAGAUAAAGCACUUUUGAGGUCAAUGCUGGAUUCGUUAUGUGAACUGGUCAGAUCAGGAUACCUCAGACCUCCCAACUGCAUUCAGACACCCUUUCCUCAAUACACAAAGGCGUUACACGCUACAGUACAGCCACGUCAGCGCAAACACGUACUCAUAAUGUAGUGUCUCACACACACUCUUUAGAUACAAUUCCAUAUGUAGAAUCCAAUAUUAAUAUAUAUUAUUGCUGUUUUAAUUUCAUUAUUUUUACCACGUAAAUUUGUCAUUUGUUACACUGUGUUCAAAUUUACAUGGACUUUUAUUGAAAGCUAUAUGUGUUUAUUUGUCUAUAUGAUAUAAUAAUGUCUCAAAUUGAUUAAAUAUGUGUACCUGUGUGUAAUAUGUCCUUUAUGUAUUAAAUCAAUACAUGUAUCAACAUUUUAUAUGAUGUAAUAAUAUUCACCGACAUGUCUUGAGCAGGAACUGGUAUUCUAUGCUUCCCAUGACGUUUUAUGUAAGCUAAAGAACACUGUGCUUUAACUACAGGAUGCACAUGUGGUUUCUCCUACAUUGAAUGUGAUUUUUACUAGAGUUACUUGACUAGUAACGGUCACCAUCAUUACCACCCAGUACACUACCCAUGGUAAACAUGCGACACCACAGUGUGUGCACUUUAUAAUCGAUUACAUACUGCUAUCUCCUGACUUUUGGCACAUCAGUUCAUUACGUUGUCUCCAAUUUUCUUUAUGAAGUAAUCAAUAAAAAUGUUUC